AGGGAGAGAGCAAGAUAGGGGCCAUGGAAGUCGCCUUGUCCUCGCAACGAUUGGUCUCCGCCGACUCUCCCCAAAUGCUCUCCAUCUCUCCCAGAUCGCAGGGCAGCGGCAGGUGGGCACCGAAGAGAGCGGCUUUCGGCCGGCCCCCGGUGGCCUCCUCCUCGAGGUCUUGUUCCCUCGGCAGCAGCCUCGUUUCCUCCCCUUUUGUCUGCGGUAGCGUUCACGGCGACUUCAAUGGGCUUAAGAUUAGGGUUCCGUCGCUGAAGCUGCCGGUCGUAUCCACUGGCCGCCGACCCACAAGGGGUGUCGUUACCAUGGUUAUUCCUUUCUUGAGAGGAAAUGCUUGGGAGCAACCACCUCCUGAUCUCGCUUCUUACUUGUACAAAAAUCGAAUUGUAUAUUUGGGCAUGUCUCUUGUUCCAUCAGUGACAGAGUUGAUGAUGGCAGAAUUUCUUUACCUUCAAUAUGAAGACGUAGAAAAGCCCAUUUACCUAUACAUAAAUUCCACUGGAACAACAAAGGGUGGGGAGAAAUUGGGCUAUGAGACAGAGGCUUUUGCAAUUUACGAUGUCAUGAGUUAUGUCAAACCGCCAAUCUUCACACUGUGUGUUGGCAAUGCUUGGGGAGAAGCUGCACUACUCUUGGCUGCUGGUUCUAAAGGAAACCGUGCUGCUCUACCGUCAUCAACAAUAAUGAUAAAGCAGCCUAUUGCAAGAUUUCAAGGUCAAGCUACAGAUGUUGAACUUGCAAGAAAAGAAAUAAGAAAUGUGAAGGCUGAAUUGGUUGGCUUAUACUCGAAGCAUAUAGGAAAAUCUCGUGAGCAAAUCGAGGAAGAUAUCAGACGUCCGAAAUAUUUCAGUCCUAGUGAAGCAGUUGAAUAUGGUAUCAUUGAUAAGGUAUUGUACAAUGAAAGAGGACGCGAAGAUCGGAGUGUUGUUUCAGAUCUUAAAAAAGCUCAACUUAUAUAGACUGCUGAAUCUAAGACUUGCGACAAAGAAUUUUAAGAAUGUAUUAUGUGAUUAUAUUACAGAUGCAAGCUGCAUUUUGGUCAGUCUUCGAAGAGCAGUCUUUUUCAAACAUUAGUGUAGUUUCUGCCCAAAUUGGUUGAAGUUCCUUUUUAAUCGUGUGGUGAUUUCAUAGUUUAAUGUCGGUACAAGUCCGAUGUGGUGGUGGUGGCAAUCAGCAGCAAUCGGAGAGCAAGUAAUGGUUCUCACAUGUGCCCCUCGUUUGAUCAGCAGGAACAACGGCCUCAUCCUUUCAUUUUUGUUGAUUUUUAGGCCUCAAUGAGUAAUAAUUUUUGUUUUUGCUCUA